AUGACAACCAACCACACCACCUGCAAACUACAUUUUAACGUGGUCAUUAACCCCAGGGGCUAUGUUUCUGUCACAGCCUUAGUUCUACAAAAAAAUUCCAAAUUUGCAGGUUUGUUCCCGCUAUCAUAUGCGGUGGUGGAUUCUGAAAACACCUCAAACUGGUCUUGGUUUCUUCAUCAUCUCGCGCAGGUGGUUCAUGGUGACAGACCUCUAACAUUCGUAUCGGAUCGGAACCUUGGUUUGCUUGAGGCAAUGCCCACCGUAUUUCCGAAUGCAGAACAUGCAUUCUGUCUACAACAUUUGCAGAGGAACUUAAGGGACAGGUUGCGUUACACAAACAGUAUGCAUCGGGCAGGUUUGGUUAGCAAAUUACGACAUUGCGCAUACGCACCAACUGUUACCGCUUUUAACCACAGAGUAGAACAAUUCCAAAAAUCGGGCAGGUCUGUUGCAUCUGAAUUCCUAGCAAAUGCACAUCCACAACAUUGGGCAAAUGCAUUUUUCAGGGGGCGACGUUACGGCGAAAUGUGCUCAAAUGCUGCAGAAUCAUUCAACUCAUGGGUCCGUGAGGCCCGUAACCUCCCAAUCACAAGAAUGGUUGACAGCAUACGGACCAAAUUGAUGCGACAAAUGGCGAAACGUAGAGACGCUUCCCAACUGUGGACUGGCACCAUAUGUCCCAAAAUGGAGGAUCGUUUAGAAAAAGCAUUCAACGAAGGUAGAUCAUGGAAAGUGAGCCAAUCAAACGCUGAUGUAUACGAAGUGCACUCUUUCCCAUCGGUCACUGUUGACAUCGGACGACGAACUUGCUCAUGUUUCAAGUGGCAACUCAAUGGGUUCCCUUGCGCACAUGCGAUGGUUGCCGUCCGUAAGAGUGGGCGCGAUUUGAACACUUUGGUCGAACCAUACUUCCACGUGUCCGAGUUUCGGGCCACUUACGCAUCAAGUAUUUUCCCAAUUCCCACUGUCGAGCAACCGCCUUUCAACCCAAAUGAUUACAUCAUAAAGCCCCCUGCUGUGAAACGUCCACCCGGUAGACCAAAGAAGAAGAGGAUAUUGUCAAAGGGGGAACAUGUUCAGCAAAUAAGAUGCGGCAGAUGUGGGCGCAUGGGGAAUCAUAACAGGAAGACAUGGAACGAACCCAUUUAA